AUGAACAAGAAUACAGAGGCGAAAACAGUGAUAUUACUUGUAAAGAACGCGUCAAACUUUUCGAAAGUAGAUCACUAUAAAUGGCUUCUUAUACGAUUAUAUCAACCUUUACGUCUAGAAAGUGACGAUAACUUUCAAGUGCUUCAUAUAUCGGAUACGCGUUUAACAGCUUUAAUACAAAGUCAAAAUGAGAAGGAAGCAAGCGAGAUAUAUACGCCACAAAAUUUACCGGAUCUUCAGCAUUCAACGGAUAAACAAUACAGACUCAUGCCACAUUCUCGUAUAAUAACUUUGAAUACAAAAUAUCGAUUCGUAUUCCUUUUGGAUGUAACCUCCUCUUUAGCUACCAUUGAUUGUAGCGGUGCCAAAGACACAAUAAUGUCUGAAGUGAUGCAAAUUACUCAUCGUUGUCUUGAAGGACUGGUACAGCCUUUCAUAAUUCAGGAUUUGGAUAAGGAUCGUGCCUUACAGUUCGAACCCGAAAUAUCAGUUACCAUUAUUGCUGAAUGUUCCAAUUUUGCAUCAAACGCAAAUCUUAUUCCUAUGUUGGCUGAAUUUCCUACAAUGAGAGUUCUUAUACAAGGAGUAGUAGUUAAUCGAAAUAAUAUACUCGAAAUACUUGAUAAAUUACACUCAGAGUUUAUUCGUUUUCAACAUGAAGUUGCCGAGUUUCGACAAAAACUUCGCAGGAACAAAUUCCCUGUCGCUUACGUUAUGGACGUUACUGGCCCCAAAACCGAUUUGCUUGAGCAUGAACCAGGAUCUAGCACGUCAUAUCUAGAUGAGAAAAAUUUAUGGCGGUUGGGGUCAAGUGGGGGUAAUCUUGCUUACAGUCUAAAUGCUGGUUUAUUGGCUAUAGAUUUAUUGCCAAAAGAAGGAUCUCCCGCGCUGAUGGUGAUUACGGAUGGUGUUGUUAAAUCAAAUCUAGCCCAGAUGUCACCUGAUGAUGAUAUCAUUCAGGUGCUUUGUAAGGAGAGUAUUAGAUGCAAUAUUAUUCAAGUUGGACCUCGUGAGGGAGGUAAUCCUGGAUGUAAUUUCGGGUUACUUCCUGAUAAUGAAAUAUUGCAAUUUGUUGCCACAGCAACAUCAGGCAUUUUUCUUUAUUCCGAAAAUUGUCCAAAUGUACGAAAUGUUAAACCUUCCAAUGUUCAUUUAUCACGUGAAGACUUGGUCCCCCCAAAUUUUUAUCAUAUAAACUUGCUGAUGAAGGAAACCUAUUUUACCAAAAGAAAGAGUCAUACCUCCUCCUAUUCACACAACUCUGUUAGCUCGGGGGAACGAACUUAUAAUUUUCCUUGGGAUCCGGAUCCAAAAAGUCUACCACCAGCAGUUGAAGCAAUGUCAACAAGAUAUCGAGAGUACUCUCUUUCAAUUGAUGUGAUGCAACUUAUAUUCGCUCGUAUGCGUAAUGGGUUUAAUAUUGAGAGUAUAAUUUUAGUAGGUAGAAACACCAACAAGGCAGAAAAGGUUCAUAUAACAAUGUCACGUCUUUGGUUACCAAACGUUAUAAUUCAAUAUAAAAUCAAAGCAUCCUGGAUGGGGGAAGUGAAUGGGUUUUCAAGAUUGAAAUCACCAAGGAUUGAGAUUAACGUUGUAGCAGAUACUGUAUUAGCAAUAUAUUUACUUAAUUUUCAAACAGCUCAACAAAAUAAUGAUCCAAGUCAUCCACUCUUUUUAAAAUGUAUUAGAUUGCAUAAAUUUAUGACAAUGAUUUACGAAACAGAUGAGUUACUAAAGAAACAUAUUUUCCAUAAGGUAUCUAAGGAAAAUAGUAAACUUCAAUUAUAUCGAAUUGCAAUUAGCAACGGUAUUACUUCGUCGUUGAAUCGAUUAGAAUUGUUGAAACAAUUAUGGGAUCCACUUGAACAAAGUCUAAUGCGACAAAAUAUUGAUAUUUGGUAUGAUAAGGCCAAAUUCGAUAUUUUGAUAUUUGGAGAGCAAUCAUCUACUAAUAAAUCUGUGAAAAGGACAUCGGAUAAUAAUGCUUAUUCGGCUCUAAAAGAACGGCUGAAAGUCGCAUGGUCAGCUUUUGCAUUUUCUGAAAAAGUGUUCGUUAAGGCUUUUCACCCCCUGGGAGGUGAUAAGAUCCUUCCAAUAAGUUUUUGCGAACUCAGAUUUAACAAAGAAUUAGGUAGUCUCGUUACCGGUAAUUUAUCAUUUUUCAACGUUGAAGUGUUUCAACGUCAAAAAGCGCUGGAAGAUUUAAUUAACCUUAUUAAUGAGUUAAAUUCAAACCAAGAUGGAGAUGGACAAUUAUAUUACGUAUGUAAAAGACCCAUAUCUUCAUUUAUUGUUAAGAACCCAGGAAAUGUACGUCAUGAAAAUGAAAUUUCAUCGGAUAAUCGUCAUGUGACAGGUCAAGACUGCAUUGUAAAAUCUUACCUAAGACAUUGGCGUUGGACUUGGUUAUCCGAUAUUGAACAUAUCUUCUCGAUGGAUAGUAAGAACAUGCCAAUCCAAGAUUUGGCGUUUCAACAUCUGUGUCAGGCACGUCGGGAUGAAGGAUGUUUAUUGAUAUCCGAAAAUAGUAAUCAAAAAGUAUUUUAUCGGGAACUGGAACUUGGAGGAAAUUCCGAUCUAGGUUCAUCUGCUAAUCAAAAUAGACUAUAUGGCAUACAACAUCAUAUAUAUAAGGAUUCAUAUACUGGAGAAAUUAUAACCGAAAUAUGGAUGGAACCUUUGCAACAACCAUUCUUACGGGACUUUUACGAAUCUGUUGCUGACAGAGUAUCAACGGCAGAUCGUCAAAAAAUAUCUCAAUUGGUGACUUUCGAUCAAAUACAUUAUAUUGCUAAAUCACGAGUUUCACAUCUUAGGAAUUCACACAGUUUGACGCCUCAAAAAUCGUCCCAUCUCCCAAGUUUAUUCAACCUUCCCGUCCUACUAAAAUCCAGUGGAUUACUAAUUGCAAAUUAUGACAUUCCUUCUUUCAAAUCUUCAUCCAACAUCAUUAAUAAUCAAUUUCAUCAAUACUUACAUUUACAAUCUGUUAAAUCAUCUUAUAUGAGCAAUGAAAAUACACCGAGAUCGAGCUUUGGAGAUUCAAGGUCUCCAUUGAUUUCCGAAUCAAGCUCUUAUAUAAGAAAGGGUAGCAUAAGUAAUAGAAAUUCUCCAUACAUGGAGGUUGCUCAAAGGAAAUUGUCACUUUCGUUGCCCAAUAAUCCAACCCAUGAUGUAACUUAUAUUAUUAGUCGUGAUCUUAUUGCCCCUUUAGGUCCUUUAGAUCGAGAUUUCGCGUUAUUACACCUUUUUGUUGAAAAAACUUUUAGUAACUAUGCUGAUGGUGAAGUUGAUACUAAUAAUAAUGGUCUUAAAGAUUCGUUAUUAAGAGAAAUUAAUAGUGGACUUUCCAAAAUUGAUUUUCUUCAGGAGGCUACGUCUACAAUAGAAUAUAUUAAGAACCUACGAGAUACCCGAUGUUUCAUCAAAAUUGUUGAUCCUGGUUCAUUUUUACUUGUAAUUAUUCCUUCUUUUAAACUUUUAUUAGACAUCAUGAAACAAAAUAAUGGUUUGAUUAGUAAUAAACCGUGCUUCAUGAGUAUCUUAAUUUUCUUGUGUAAACGACCUCAACCUAUUCAAAGUGAUUUUAUAAAAGGUCCGGCGGAUUUUCGUCGAGAUCAAACUCUAUCCUUUGAAACCAUCUCUUUAUUAAAUAAAGCCCCGAAUACAAUUAAAAAUUCUUUAGAGCCAAAGCUACUUAGUAGCUCAUUUCCUGAAAAUCCUGUAAAUUCUUUUAAAUCAGAUCUUUCAGAUCAAGCUGCUCAGGUCACUUUAAGCAUUACAAAAUUAUAUGUACAUGGAUUUGUUAAAUCUGUAUACGCAAGUAUUUUACAAAAGCAUAGAGUUACAGAAACCGAUUUUCUUAAAGCGAUUGAUGCUUGUAUGGAGACUUCCGUUGAUAUAGAUAUCACAGGAUAUGUCAAUGUACACGUAAAGGCUACUAGACAGGGACUAGAUAGUGAUGAUGCCAAUGAUGUGUAUCAAAAAUUUGUUGCUGUGCUUGGUCAUUACUUUGAACCGGCUAAUUUCAUUAAUGAUGAAUUACAAAAUAUAUAUUAUUAUCGUCCAAAUUUCAAAAAGCCAAAUAAUUCAUCAAUAGAUACUCACGAUAAUGUGGCCGAUAUCGCUGGAACCUUUCUAGAUGUUUUUAAUUAUGCAGAAAAUCCUUUAUUUUUACGACUUGAAUGUACUUUCAAAAAGACAUCAACUCCUAAGGUUGAGGAGGAUAUUGAAUUAGAAGGAUCCAGUUCUGUGAAAUUUCCCAUUUCAAGUUUACCAACAAGUUAUUUAUGUACGGUGGAUGGCAAGUCUCAUGACUUUUCUCCAAAAUCAAUCGGAACGGAAACAUCUCCUGUAGAGUCUUCUGAUGGUACUACCGCUAUUUUGCAUCUUAUUUGUCUGACUUUAGCCCGAGUCGAUGAGAUGGCUCCAGGGGUCAAUGUGGAUGAUAAUGUGACAAGAGCACUUGAAAGUACAAAUGAAAUUUUACCGCAAUUGGAUUCACUUACCGCCGAUAAAAAAGAAGCUUUAUCAGAAACUCGAGAUCGAAUCGAUUGGUUAUUGAAAGAAGAGAUGAUGCAUGGACUGUUGAGAUCACAGCCUGUAGAAAAAUCAGUCCUUUCAUUCAUUCAAAAACAAUUGAUGCCUAAGAAUCCAUUCGUCGACUUUCCGACCACCUUUAGUGUUCCGUUAUCCUUUGUUCGUCGUAAACAAGGACAGGACCGAUUCUUAAAAGAAUUUAGCAAAGCUGACAUGUCUCCAUUUUCUCUAAAUCAGGUUGAAGAUUGCUUUUAUAUAAGUGAAGAUGAGGAGAAGGGUGAAUCCUUGGCUGUUGUAGACAAUAGCCGUGUCACAUCACCCGUGUUUGAGCUAAGUCUCGGAAUUAGCAUUUAUACCCCUGAUGAAAAUGAUAUCAUACCGGAUCAUGCUGAUCAAACCAUUAAAUCUGUCAAAAAACAUGUUAUACACAAGCAAUUAUUUUGGUUAUUACUCAUACCACAAGAAAAUUCUAUACAAAUGUAUUUUUAUUCAAAAGCGGUUUCAGCAAUUGAACGUUCCAAUAUCAUCAAACAUGUGCGAAGUUGUAUAGUACAAAUUUCAGAAAGAAUUAAUAGAUUAAUAUUAUUGGAUGAAUUAAAUGAAACACGUCGUUGCAGCAAAUAUUUGGUUCCACCUGAUGGUUCUUCAGAUUCCGAAUCAUCUUCAGAAGAUAGUGAUUUAUCUUCUGGCGACUUGGUGGAUGUACUAUCAAUGGCACCAAAUGAUGGAAAUAUAACGGUUUCAAAAAAGUUCAAACCGGGACAGUUUGAGUGCGAAUCGGUCUAUAAACAAACAUUUCCGAUUCAUUGGCGGUUAAGACCGAACCAAGCGCUCAAUGGUAUUGCGUCCUCGAUCCUCGAUCCAUUUGUAGUUUCUAACCGGAAACAUAUGUUUGUAAUAGCCAAGAAUCAAAAUAUCGUUUAUCUCAAAUUAUCAGAAGUAGAAGCAUCUCCGGUAUAUAUUGAUGAUGAAAGCUUAGAUGAUUCUUCACGUCCAAAUUCCUCCUCAUUUGCAUUGUCUUCGGAAUUACAAUCAAAUGCCGAUGAAUUACGAAAAUCCCCAUCAAGCAAAAGUGGAGGGAGUCCUAACACUUCUUCCCCAAAUUCUCGUAAACACGGUACUCAAACUCGUGUGGCGGAUUCAAGAGAAUUGGUUGUAGAGGUUUAUGGUUUAGAUGUUCCAGGCAAGGAAAUUACUGAAGAGUUAAUGGCAUUGUUAGAGAACAAAUUGAAUUCAAGUAUAACUCUUACUGUUAUGUCUACUUUCCUUGCUCGUAACCCAUACAAGGUUAAUCCGACUCGUGCGGAUGUGAACUUUAUUUUUCCUAUUCGCGAAACUCCUCGUCGAAUAUCUUUAAAGAUACCGUCAUAUAUAAGGAAUACUUAUGCUUUCUUGGUGUACUUUAAACAAAAUAUUUCUUUAUACCUUAACGUCUUGCAAGGACCAGAAGUCACAAACGCGAUAAGGCGUCACCAUAUUUCAAAAUAUGGAUCAGUUGAAUUCCCAGAAUCAACCCCUGAAAAUGGGAGGAAAACGCCAUCCGCAACACAUGAUAUCCAUUUUCAUGAAUUUACGUUCUUCUACAACUAUAUUAGCCAAUCCCGUGCCCCCUCUGCUUUUGAAGCAUCAGUCGGUCAAGGGAUUGCCGGACUUUGUUUCACUUUAUUGAAUCGUCAAGGUCGACCGACUUUUGAACUUUUAGUCCCUGAUAUUGUUGAUUCAGAUGAUAUAAGUUCGAAUAAGAUUUUACAUUACUUAUCUAACGAUGAAGCGUUUGUAGUUUCGGAUUCAACUAAGGAUUCGAAUGAUAAUAUUAUAGACGCUUCAUACCAAAUAUUAAUUGAGUUAUGGAAUCAUGGUAGCCUUAAUUAUAACAUAAUACUUGAUAGAAUCAAAAAAAGUUUUCGACAAUCUCUUUGUGACUAUUUCAUUGAAGUAUCCAUAACCAAAGGGUUGGGACGGGUUUCUUUGGAUUGUGUUGAAAGCAAUAAUAUCCAAGUGUCUCAAAAUUUUGAUCGAGAUGACACCAUUAGUCCAGAAAGUUUGACCGAAUGCGUCGAACCACACGUUCAACAUAAUUUUAUUGAACCAGCUCUAGCACUUUUGAAGAAAGCAGUUGAAUUAGAAAAUCCGGCAUUGCAUGCAUUACACGCGAGGCUUGACAUGCCUUCUUGGAUGAUGGAUGAUUUUUUAAGUGAAGUCCAUGAGCUUCUGGUAGAAUUAAACAUCAUCUUUACUCCAAUUAUACUUCGAACUAUUCCUGCAUCAUUAUCUCCAAUGUAUGAAAUUUAUCGACCAAAACAUUCUAUUUCUACUCCGGAUGAUUCGAUAGCUGUUCCACGUCAAUACUUAUUGAUUGCUGGACUGAAGGAGAUGAAUACAAAAUACGGUUCAUGUAAAUCUAUAUUACCUGAUGAUCGUAGAGGUAGCUUUGGUAGCGAUAUGUCACAUUCUCGUAGGAGUUCGACCGAAGAUAUCUCGAACGAAAAAGCUAACGCAAAUUCACGUAAAAGUUCUUUGAUGUCAGUAGCCGCACAGCAGCGUCAUUUACUCGAAGAAAUAAUGAUGUAUACAAUUUCGAAUUGUGAUCAGACCAAUCGCAAUACGCCUGAUUUAUUUCGUUCGUGCUUUUUGGUAAUGUCUAUUAAUGGUUUUGAUUUAUCUGUGUAUAUUUAUAAUUGGGUAAAGCAACAUGCCGAUCAAGUAUUUACUGCCAUGAAAAGAAUUUCCGAUUGGCAUAAUAAACGGAUAGGACUGUUAAAUAACAUUCUUCAUCAAAAGAUGGGUUUAUUUUAUCAUUCGAGCAAUAUAUCCGUUAAAUUACAACCUCAGACCCCAUUUUCUCAGAGCUUACCUAACACUCCUCGACCCAUGCAAUCUCCAAUGCUGGGGACCAUCCUGAACGGUCAACGUUCAAAUGCUAUGAUAUCAUCAAACGGACAUAGUAUGGCAACAGAUUUGAUGCACAUAAAUUCUCUGAUACUUGAAAGAUUUCCACAGCAGGACAACAAAAAGAGUUCGGAAUCGUGCAAUGAUGUGUUCAAUUCAUAUUCAACUGAUUUGGAAGCAAAUCGUUUCUCAUUAACUUCUUUAGAUUUGAACGUUGUGCUAAAGGAUUCUUGUGUUGAAAAGGUGGCUAGAAGUGAUAUUUCUCAUGUGGGUCGUGAUGCCCUCAUGAGACAUGGUAUUCCAUUCAUGGAAACGUAUAUAAGACAAGCCAAGAUAACACAAGCUCAUGAUAAUGCAGAGAAAGUUUACAAGAAAUGGGCAAAGAGGUAUCAAGAAAACAAAGACCAUUCUGACACGAACGAGGUAAUAGCAAAAUCAGAUCUAGCGAUAAUAUUCCGUACCUCUCGACUUUUACAUUUCUGUAGAACGCCAUUGUUAUUUGGAGAAAAGGUUGAAUCUUCAGUAACUUUACCUGAACAGGACAAAAUUAUGGUAUCCAAGUGGUAUGAGGAUAUGGUUGAAAACUUUUUGCAAAAAUAUUCGGCUUAUUUGGAAAGGAUCGGAAUGCAAGUAGUUAUGGGUGGAAAUUCCGGCCUGAGUUUAGUAGACGAUGGGGAUAAAUCGUUCUCGAAUUAUACAUCCAAAUUUCCAGCAUCAGAUAAUAAUGUUCUUGCUGAUUAUUCCUCGGUGUUCUUAUUGAAAGCACUUCAGGGUGGCUCCAUAAUGUGCGAGGUUCGAAUUCAAGGAGUUUUCGUAUGUGUUACUUUAUAUACGUUAAAUCGACGAUAUGGUCAUAGAAAUUUGGCAGCUCCCGAAUUUGUAGCCGCCGAUACUGAUAGGCACAGCAUAAGAGUAUUUACCGAAGAAUGUGGUAAAUUCAAAAAAACGAUUCACGUUAAUUCUUUCGUUUACGAUUUUCAUUUACAAUACAUCAACCAUGUCUUGGAAGGUCAACUACGAAGCCCACCUCCUUUUAAUGUAAUAGAAAUACUUAGAGCUUUCAUUCGUCGACAUUCUCAGCCUGCACACUACGCAGUUCAUCGUAUUUAUCACGACAUUGUUAGUAAAGAGUUACCAUCAAUACCGAUUGAUUUAUUUGAAUACAUUGUAAAAAAUCCCCAAAGGUAUGGGUUUAGUUCGAUCUCGUAUGAAGGUAAACCAAUCGCUUGUUUUGCGACUUUAGGUGAAGUGAAUGAAACUUCCUCAUCGAUCGAAACUGAUCAGAAUAAAGAUUCAUGUGAUAACGAUUCAUCCCAUAGCACGAUAAUCUUUACUGAAGAAUAUCAAUCUGAUAAGAAUGUCGCUAGGAAUAUCUCUUUGGAAUAUUUUGUCAUUGUUUUACAUAAUGAUGUUAUUGAAUCAUCAUUUGAAGCUGAAAAUACUGUAGGUUCUUCCGAAUCGCAUAAUCAUAAUCGUCAUUUAACAGAUCUAACUCAUUUAGACAUUCAAGAUGAAAUAAAAAACCUUUCACGAAAGAAGCUUGAUUCUAUAAUUUCUCAGGCGAUUCAAUAUCAUCGACGUGAUUCAUUAUGGCGUGAGUUGUAUCAUGUAAAGACAAAUAGCAAUAGUGCUGGUAAUAGUUCGAACGAUGGAGCAAUAACCAUUCAAGAUUUUCUUGAGCUGACAAAUCAGUGGUAUAGUCGUGAACUUGUCACGAUUUAUCCAGAUUUUAAAGAUUUCCUUGAUAUGGAUUUAAAUUGGACUGAAUUGUUAAAUUUUCUCUCACAUUAUUAUAAUGAAUUAUCAAGAGAAUUGUAUGAUGAAGGAAAUCAUCAACGUCAUUUAAUCAUUUUUAAUACUCAUAUUCACGAUUCACUUUUACACUUUAUUUUACCUUAUUUUAAACAAAAUGACAAUGAAAGUACUAAUAAUAAUGGUGGUAAUGACAAGGUUGUGGUGAAUGCGGUCUGUCGUGAUGUAAGACGUAAUUUUGGAAUUGAAUUACAAUUUGCGGCUGAAAUUGUUAGAACAAUUGGAUAUUGGCUAUGGCAAAAGUUGUCUUAA